CUUCGCGCUAGUAUGCCUUCGCCGCCAAUACAAGUCUUUCUUACGACCAUAGCGAGUCAGCCCGCGCUCCGGCAGCGCCAAGAGUACAUCCUCCGCAUCUUGCAGGUCAAGAAGAUACCGUUCACUUCAUAUGAUCUUGCCUCCGACGAGAACGCAAAGCGCUUGUGGAAGCGAAAGGCGCCACCAGACAAGCAGCAACUCCCUGGAAUACUAGUCGGCGAGACCUGCCCUGGGAGCUUUGCCGAAUUCGAAGAAGCCGUCGAAUUUGACGAACUAUCCUCCUUCCUCCGCCUCGACGAAACCUGGCACGAAGAUGAAGAGAGACCAACGCUCCCCCAGCAGCCGAUCGGUGUACCGGGCGCCAUGACGCCGCUGGAGAUGACACCCGAGCGCCUCAAACCUAUCAUUCAACAGCGCGCUCCCUCACCACUGGGCCCAGACGCUCCGAAACCUGUACCGGUCAACAAGCGCAAGACGGUGUUGCUGGAUGCCGGGGAGGUGUUCUCAGGGUUCGGCUUGCAAGGAGAGAAGGUAUCCGAGAACGAACUCGCAGACCUGGUGGCCGAACUGGGCUUGGACGGUGACGAAGCUGGGGAUCUCAUCAAAGGCCUCUCAGGCGACGACGAUGUAUCGAGUAAAGGGAAAAUCCCCGCACUCAAGUUGGAGAAACCGACGACUGCCGAGCUCGAGGAAGAGAAGAAGCCUCCGAGCAGUGCGGCGAAGGAGCUUCCCACCGCGACGUUCGAUAAGCCUACUACGAAAGUCGACAAGCCCGCGUCAGUAGCGAAGCCUGGAGCGACCUCGAAAGCGGCGGCGAAGCCUCCGACAACCACCAAAGCGACAGAUACGAAGGAAGGGGAGAAGGCGAAGGCGAAGGAGGACUCCGCUCCGGCAUCGUUAGAGAAACCGGCGUUGUCGAAAGCGGAGGAUACGACGUCGAAGCCUGUAGAGAAGGCCGAAGUGGUCGGAGCGGAGAAGGAGCAAGAGAAGGCGGUCAUGGAGGAGAAGGAGCAGGAGGACGAGGGUGGAAAGCCUUCGCAAGCAGAGGCGGCAAAGCCCAAAGCUGAUGAGGUGGACAAGCCGAAGACGGCUGAGGUUGAAAAGCUCAAGGCUGCCGAGGCUGAGAAGCCCGCUGAAGCGUCUAAAUCUUCGACCGAGUAUGCAGAGAAGGCAGCAUCACCAGGGGAGGGCGAUGCGCCUGCUGCUCCUUCGAAAACGGAGACAUCCUCUACGAAGGAAGCUGCGUUGCCGAGCGACUCGACACCCGCAGAGGCGGCUCCUGCGAAAGCGGAAGCACCAGCGGAAGACGCAGCGUCGAAGAAGGAUGCCAUGCCCGCCGAGAAGCCAGUGGCUGGGGAAGCAGCCACGACAGUGAAGGGGACAUUGGCGGAGGCGACUUUGCCGUCUCAGAAAAUCCUCGACGUUGGCAACGACGAGAAAUCGGAGAAGCCUGCCGCAGCGGAAGAGGCGAGCGCGAAGGUUGAAGCAGCACCGGAGGCUUCAACUUCGAAGCCCUCCACCGAUACGAAGAAGUCUGCCCCCAUCUCCCCGUCUACCAAAUCCACGGACGCCUCGUCGAGAAAGUCGGGUAUCCCUAGGCUAGCUACGCCGAAGAAGAAAGCCGUCCCGCUCCCCUCUCCCGACGCCACCGACUCGCUCGACCUGCCGCCCCUCCCCACGAAAGCCUCCUCCGAGAACCUCAGUGUCAAGGGGAGCCCUCGGCCACCAAGGACGCCCUCUCCGUCAUCCCGCGCAGCCGCGUCGAACCCCACCACACCCCCACCGAAGGAGAACCCUCGCUCACCGAAGUCGCCCAUGAGGAGUAUUCCGGGCUUGUCGGUGAAGAAGCCUUCCGCGCUCACAAUAAAGAAGAAGAAAUCUGCGGAGCCGCCGAAGCCCGCGGUCGAGCAGAGGCCGAGGGCGGGGUUGGAUUUGGGGCACCGGGAGUAAUUGGAUAAAAUCCAGUUCACGAUGGUAUUGGUCCAGCUAGAGAGUAGCAGGGUGGGUACAGGAGGAUGAUACCAGUACGAGGAUAUGUAGAUAAUGGAACGGAAUGGUCUUGGAUUUUCGCAGCGAGGGAAAAAGGAUUUGUGUAUAAAUGCGCCACAAAAGAAUCCUCUACAGCUUCGACUGCGAAGGCAUGUUGACGAGGUUGCCGCCGUCGAGGGUAAGCGUCGCCCCAUUAACGUACGCGCUCGCGGGGCUCGCGAGGUAGAUAGCCGUACCAGCGACAUCCUCGGGCGUUCCAGAGCGG